AUGAAGUACACAACAGCCUCGGCGAUACUAUUGUAUCUCGCACUUACAGACUUGUCGUUUGGGAGGAGUAUUCCAACACGCGAGCUACACGAGCGACGAAAUGGGCUUCCUGGUACUACGAAUCAAGAUGUUACUUGUAGUACUGAAGAGUGUGGUCAGCUGAGCCAGCUCCUCCAUCUUAGCCUUCCUAUAAAGCGGGCUGACUUUGUUCCAAUCGAGUUCGAGCCCCCAGAAAUAGUUGCGCCAGGAGAGGGUGCUGGAGGAGAGCACGGCAUACCUGAAACUACUGGUCCGGCACCAGGAGAAGGGCCCGGAGGCAACUCAGCUAGCAACGAACACCCAGACACAGAGCACGGUGGUGUUGGGGAGGCUACAACAAAGGACCCAGGAUCUCCUCCGGCGGGUAGUGACGCUGGCUCUGCAGACUCCGCAGCUAGUCAGGGAUCAAUUUCUACCUCCGACGAAGACUUCCCACAGGCGCCAACCCGAUCAGAUCCCCCAGAUCUUGCACAGAACGGAUACUUGGUCACGCCCCACGAUGGCCCCAUUCCCAAUACAUUUGAUAUCAACAAACCCGGAACUUCCUCACCAUUAGACAUCAUCGAGUUAGACACAGAUACAGACAGUCUUGGCAUCAACUUCGCCAAUAAUGGCGAAGAGGAUAAACUCAAUCCUGGAAAGCUCCCUUUGCGCAGUAUCGGUACUAGUCUCUGGGCCUCAAAAUCUGGCAAAGCUAUGGGCGAUUUGAAAAGCAUCAACUACCAGCAGGUCAAGAACACGGAGAUGGAGGCCAAGUUUCCCCAGGCCUACGCUGCACUCCAAAAGGUCUUUCCCACUGCGACGAGGCCUGAGCCUGUGAUAUUGACACCUAGUGGGAGGGGAUCCACAGUUGUUGGAAAUGAUGCGGCGUUCGAUUUGAUUACGGAUUCGGCGUUUGGCGGCGGCGCGAAUAAAAUGUUGGCGGAGACCAAGGGUCUUGAAGGGCGUGAGAUCAUUAGUAUUGAGUUGUUCCCUGAUGCGGAUGUCGAUAUACAAUUCAACUUUUGA